AGUUGCGGAAGUUCACCGAGCCGGGUGCCUCACCAGCACAGCUCCAAGGAGUGGAUCCCUCCCGGAGGCGCGGUGGGCGUUUGCGCCCGCGAGCACGCCAGCCAUCACCAGCCUUCCUCUGGGUGACCUUGGGCGAGGCUCCGCUUGCCUGGAGAGCCGUUGAUUUACAAUGCAGAUUCAUCGCUCCUCGCCUGCCUGUCCCUGCCCCUCCUAAAUUGGGCUGGGAUAUAAGAGCUUGUUCGCUCUCCGAUGCCAACAGUGGCCAUGGCAGAACGCCCUGCCACGUGAGAGGCAGAGAUAGAGGAGAGGGAGCUCAGGAGGAGUGAACUGUGCAGCUGCUCUUGCUUCUGGUAGUGAGGAGCACAUCAGCAGGACCAUGUCCGUGCUGAGCCCCGUCCUGCAGCCCACGGAGGUGAAGGAGUACCUGAGCAAGGGCGACCGCUUCAUCAAGUGGGAUGAUGAAACAUCAAAUGCUUCUCCUGUGAUUCUCCGGGUGGAUCCCCAGGGCUUUUACGUGUACUGGACCUACCAGAGCACGGAAAGGGAAAUUCUGGAUAUCACCAGCAUCCGAGACACCCGAGCAGGGCGAUUUGCCAAAAUGCCCAAGUCCCUGAAGCUCCGAGAGGUUUUUAACUUGGAUCACCCUUACAGCACCUUCCUGCUGAAGAGCCUGACAAUUGUAUCUGGCCCUGACAUGGUUGACCUCACUUUCCAUAACUUUGUGUCCUACAAGGAGAAUAUUUGCAAGGACUGGGCUGAGGAUAUCAUGGCCAUUGCCAGGAAUCCCCUCACGUACAACGCUCCCCGCUCCACCUUCCUCGAGAAAAUUCUAGUGAAGCUGAAGUUGCAACUGAAUGAAGACGGAAAGAUUCCUGUCCGGAAUAUUUUUCAGAUGUUCCCUGCAGACAAGAAGAGGGUGGAAGAAGCAUUAAGUGCUUGUCAUCUGCCAAAUGGCAAGAAUGAUGCCAUCAACCCCGAGGACUUUCCCGAGCCGGUGUACAAGACGUUCCUCAUGAAUCUGUGUCCAAGACCCGAGAUUGAUGAGAUAUUUACCUCACACCAUCUAAAAGCAAAGCCCUACAUGACCAAAGAGCACCUGGCAAAGUUCAUCAACAAGAAACAGCGUGACCCCCGCCUCAACGACAUCCUCUUCCCGCCGGCCAAACCCGAGCAGGUGCAGAGCCUGAUAGAGAAGUAUGAGCCCUGCGGCUUCAACAUCCAGAGAGGGCAGUUGUCUCCGGAGGGGAUGGUCUGGUUCCUCUGUGGCCCUGAGAACAACCUGAUAGUGCUGGACAAGCUGAUGCUGUACCAGGACAUGACCCAGCCGCUCUCGCACUACUACAUCAAUUCCUCCCACAACACCUACCUGACAGCGGGGCAGUUUUCCGGGACGUCCUCUCCCGAAAUGUACCGGCAGACGCUGCUGGCCGGCUGCCGCUGCGUGGAGCUGGACUGCUGGAAAGGCCGACCCCCGGACGAGGAGCCCAUCAUCACCCACGGCUUCACCAUGACAACUGAGAUCCUCUUCAAGGAUGCCAUUGAGGCCAUUGCAGAAAGUGCUUUCAAAACAUCUCCAUACCCCGUGAUCCUGUCUUUCGAGAACCAUGUGGACUCGCCCAAGCAGCAGGCGAAGAUGGCCGAGUACUGCCGAACCAUUUUUGGAGACAUGCUGCUGACAGAGCCACUGGAGAAAUACCCGCUGAAGCCAGGAGUUCCUCUGCCAAGUCCUAAGGAUCUCUUAAGGAAAAUCUUGAUUAAGAACAAAAAGAACCAAUCUAUAUCUGGGAAGAGGCAGAGCUCUUUGAAGAAAGGGAAGAACAUGGAACCAGAAACCACUGAGCAGCCAGCCUCUGUGGAUGCUGAAGAUACUGUCUGGGCAGGUGAUGUGGCUGAAGAGGAGCCAGAGGAAGAGGAUGAACAGCUCAGAAACCUGGAUGAAGAGGAAAUCAAAAAGAUGCAGUCAGAUGAGGGCACAGCUGGCCUGGAAGUGACAGCAUACGAGGAGAUGUCCAGCCUGGUUAACUACAUCCAGCCCAUCAAAUUCAACUCCUUCGAGGUCUCUGCCAAGAAGAACCGGAGUUACGUCAUCUCUUCCUUCACCGAGAUGAAGGCUUGUGAUCUACUGAGCAAGUUCCCCAUGCAGUUUGUAGAGUACAACAAGUGGCAGAUGAGCCGCAUUUACCCCAAAGGCACCCGCAUGGACUCCUCCAAUUACCAGCCCCAGAUGUUCUGGAAUGUCGGCUGUCAGAUGGUGGCACUCAACUUCCAGACCAUGGAUGUGCCCAUGCAGCAGAACAUGGCCCUGUUUGAGUUCAAUGGGCAGUGUGGGUACCUGCUCAAGCACGAGUUCCUGCGGCGCCCUGACAAGCAGUUUGACCCCUUCUCCGUGGACCGCAUCGACGGGCUGGUGGCCACCACUGUCUGUGUCACGGUACUCUCUGGUCAGUUCCUCUCGGACCGCAGCGUGAAGACCUAUGUGGAAGUGGAGCUCCUUGGGCUGCCAAGGGACGCCAAACGCAAACACAGAACCAAACUGACCUCCACGGCCAACUCCAUUAACCCUGUGUGGAAAGAGGAGGCUUUUGUUUUUGAAAAGAUCAUGAUGCCCGAGUUGGCGUCUCUCAAAAUUGUGGCUUGGGAAGAAGGAGGGAAGUUCAUUGGCCAGCGGAUCAUUCCCAUCAUUGCAAUGCACCCAGGCUACCACCACGUGUGCCUGCGCAGCGAGAGCAACAUGCCGCUCACCAUGCCCACCCUCUUCGUGUUCCUGGAGAUCAAGGACUACGUGCCGGAUGCUUGGGCAGAUCUCACUAUUGCCCUCUCCAACCCCAUCAAGUUCUUCAACCUGCAGGACAAGCGCUUGGUAAAGCUCAAGGAUACCUCAGAGGAGAGGCCUGGCAUGCAGACAAACCUCUCAUCAGCUGAGACUAACGGGGUGGCAGGCUCCACUGGGAAACUCAGCAUUCCUCCCUCUAACGGGUCCAUAGGAGCAGGAGUGUUCACCAAGGAUGAAGCCGUGUUAGAAGUAAUGCAGAUGGCAGAGCCUGAGACCAUCACCCUUGCUGAGCUGCAGCAGAAGAAGCGCUUCCUGAAGCUGCUGAAGAGGCAGGAGAAGGAGCUGAGGGAGCUGGAGCGGAAGGGAAGCAAACAGAGGGAGGAGCUGCUGCAGAAAUACUCUGCACUCUUUUUGGAGCUGGCCUGCCCUGGGAGCAAGAAAAGGACAAUCCGCACAAGGAAAACCCAGAAGAAGAGGAGUGUGACCCCAAGUGAUGCUGGUACCAGUGCAAAUCCUGUCAAAGCAGCAGAGAGCAUCGACUGCCACUGGCUCGUGGAGCUGAGGGAGAGGCUGGAGAGGGACCUCAUCCACCUUGGGGAGGAGCACCACGGCCGGAUCCGAAGGAAGAAAGAGCAACAUGCUACCGAGCAAGUUGCCAGGAUCCUGGAGCUGGCCAGGGAGAAGCAGGCAGCUGAGCUGCGGGUGCUGAGGGACACGUCAGAAAGCAACAUCAAAGACGUUAAGAAGCGGAUGGAGGCAAAGAGAGUGGAGCGGGUCCAGGCCGUGCUGAAGAACACCAGUGACAAGGCUGCUCAGGAGAGGUUGAAGAAAGAAAUUAACAACUCCCACAUUCAAGAAGUGGUGCAGACAGUCAAGCGGAUGACAGAGAAGACUGGCAGGUUCCAGCAGAAACUGGAGGAGAAGCAGGCAGCAAGUCUGCAGUCCAUCAAGGAGAGAGAAAGCCAGCUCCAGCAGCAGGCACGGGUGGAAUAUGAGGAGAAGUUGAGAGCUCUGAACAUGGAGGUUCAGGAGAUGGUGAAGAACUACACCAGAGCCAGCUUUCCUGGAGAGCCACAGACUGGGAAGGAAGUCGGCCAGAGCAUUCCUGAGGCAGAACAAGGCAUUACAGACCAACUGGAAGCAAAUAUCCCAGUGGCAGAGGUGUCCAGGCUUACACAGACACUGACUGAGCCCUUGGGAGCUGGAACAGAUGUGGAGGUAGAAGAGAGCAUAUUCUGAGAUGAGUCCCUUCCUUACUGUUCAUCGCAAGGAGUCUGGUGAAGUAACAACCAGCUUCACAAACUACUGCCAUCCCUUUCCUUCUGGGGAUCUUCUGAAAUCCUUCAGGAAUAUACAUCACCCCAGAUAUCUGGAAGCGGUCUGAAGAGCUCACCCUUCAGAGUACUUCACCCUCUCUCUUCGCCAGCCUGAGCUCUGAGGUAUUUCAGCAGCAGGAAAAGGCCUGUGGCUGCAGACCAGCUCCCUGUUGGCAUCACAGUAGCAGCUACAGGAAUAUUUACUUUGCAUCCAGACCAGUUUUUAGAGUCAGUUCCCUUAUCAUUCCUCACAUGCAUCCCUUCACAUCAGUCCAGCUCCUCCUAACAUCCUCCACACGGUUCAAUGACACAGCAAUAAACAAACCAAACAAAACACACUGAUACAAAGAGACACCUCAAGCAGGGAUGGGGUGGAAAGUGGGCUCAGUCACAGCCAACCCCAGCAGGCUGUGUGUCCUACAGGAAAACAGUUACACCUGCAGCUGCAUUAAUGAACAAUGACAAAUGCUGCUAUAACCCCAGGUCAAGCAGGUAUGAGACAGCACAUUCCAAGCCUAGUCUGAACAUCCAACAAGAGUCCACACCUCCCCUGUGGUGUCACCUGAGUACUGGAAUUAUGGAUUGUACAUUUCUGAGUUAUUUAUUUUCUAAAAAAAUAAAACAUAGCUGUUCUUAAACAAUGGGUCACUUGUU